AUGAAGUUUACCCCUAGCAUAGUUAUUGAUGCCCCACAAUAUUAUGUUGAUCAUUAUAAUGGCAAAUAUAACGUGGAUAAAUGUGUUAUUUUAAGAGACCUGCAGCUUGAAACGGACUCAGAAUCCAUGCCAUCUAGCUUAAAGCAUUUAACCAAACCUACCCACAUCUUGGAUUUGACGAAUAAUGAUCUUAUCAUGAUUCCAGAUCUAUCCAGCAGGGACGAUAUACACACAUUACUAUUGGCUCGAAACAAUAUUGUUGACAUAGAUGGUCGUCUAUUACCGAUGAAUAUACAGAAUCUCACAUUAUCAAAUAAUAGCAUAAGAAGGUUUGAAGACCUUCAAAGGUUGCGCAGUGUACCCAAGACAUUGAAGAACCUAAUUUUAUUAGGAAAUCAAGUCUGUCAUUUAGCUAAUUAUAGAGAACAAGUGCUUCGAUUGGUACCGCAUUUAGAAACUUUAGACUUCCAAAACGUAUCAACAGAAGAAAGAAAGAAUGCUACAAUGUUUUCAAGGCAGGCGGAUGGUGAAAUGCUGGGCCCAGUUAGUGCUUCAACAAAGGAUAACAAAUCCAGAGAUAAGACGAUGGAAAUCAUGAAUUUGGUGGUGAGCAAGAUGACAGUGGAGAGAAGAAAUGAAUUGAAAAAGCAAUUGGCAGAAGCUACCUCGUUAGAAGAAAUCGCCAGGUUGGAAAAACUACUCUCCGGUGGUGUUUGA